AUGCUAUCCGAGGCCGUGUUCGACAACAACAUAGAGUUGGUCGAGGAGCUUUUAAAGAACAAGAACUUGACAGUUGAUCCAUACGUGUUUACAAUGGCCAUACGCAGAGGGAAUCUAGCCAUUGUCAAGCUGCUGCUGCAGGAUGGACGGGCAGACCCCGCGGCCAGGGACAAUACAGCCUUUGUCCUGGCCUGUCGUACCGGGCGGCUGGGCGUGGUGCGACUCUUGCUGCAAGAUCCACGGAUCGAUCCGACGGCGCAGGAGAGCUCCGCGUUCAUUCUUGCUGUGCGCAAGAAAAACAGGAACGUGGUCAGGGUGUUGCUUCAAGACGGCCGGAUUGAUCCGGGGGCAAACAUCGAUGCUGCCAUUGCCUGCGGGGUCAAAUCCAACUGGGUUAAGAUGGCCAAGAAGCUGCUCCAGGAUCACCGCGUGGGGGUUAGUCGCCUUGUGGGACGUGGACGCAAACAUCUGAUAUCGCCGGAAAUGUGGACGAUCAUCAACUCGCGACCGGAAAUGGCCAAGCUUCCGGAGAUCUUUGUACCGGGCUUUUCGUACGGAUCACGGCAGACUUGCAAGGGCGCGGCGGUGCGUAUGGAGAAGUACCUUGAAACUGCACUCGGGACACUUUCAACGUACACUAGGUCGGAUGCCUUGAUCUUUAUUCAAGAGCGCUGUGAGCAGCUAGAAUUGUACGGAGCACGCUACUUGGGAGUGUCGCCGGGUACGCACGAGUCUCGGGAAAUGGUCGCCCGGGGCGUUGCACUUGGUCUGUUCAACCACGGCGCGACGAACAGCAUUACCGGUCAGUUCAUAUAUACAGUACGCUGUCGUGGUUGA